AUGAGAGGAGCUACCAGGGAGCUGGGAGGGGACCGGCAGGCUGGGAUGGACAGUACUCUGAGGAGGGAGCAGCGAGCAGUGUUGGACACUGCUGAGAGGCUGAGUGAAGUGAAGGAAAUAGACAGACGGUUGGAAAAAAAACUGAAGAUCACACAAAAGGAGAGGAAAUCCAAAUCUCCUCCCAAAGUGCCCAUUGUGAUUCAGGACGAUAGCCUUCCCACGGGGCCCCCUCCACAGAUCCGCAUCCUCAAGAGGCCCACCAGCAACGGUGUGGUCAGCAGCCCCAACUCCACCAGCAGGCCAGCCCUUCCUGUCAAGUCCCUAGCACAGCGGGAGGCAGAGUACGCCGAGGCCCGGAAGCGGAUCCUGGGCAGUGCCAGCCCCGAGGAGGAACAGGAAAAACCCAUCCUCGACAGAUUCGGGGAAGAAGCGCUGUUAGCACUCAAGGUGAAUGUAGACCACCUGCCCCACCUACCCACGGGGGCUUCCCAGCUUGGAACAAAGCCCCCUGAGUCCACAUGUCAGAGACGCGAGGCCUUGGACAGCAGCUGCCCCGAGUAG